AUGCAGCGUUUCCUGCCCCUGCAUCGGUCCCAGCGUUUCCUGCCUCUGCUCCUGCAGCUGUCCCAGCGUUUCCUGCCCCUGCUCCUGCAUCUGUCCCAGCGUUUCCUGCCCCUGCUCCUGCAUCUGUCCCAGCGUUUCCUGCCCCUGCUCCUGCAUCUGUCCCAGCGUUUCCUGCCCCUGCUCCUGCCUCUAAGAAAUCUAAGGCUACAUCUUCAGAGACGCCACGCCCUGGUAAAACCAGACAUCAACGCCCAAUACCACCUGAACUGUCAGUGUAUUGAUUUUGAAAGUGGUGUAUUUGCAGUUGCAAAAUCUUUUGCCACCCCCAGCACACCAAUCCACGUGAUUAAGAGGACUUGGGGGCAAAACCAAAACACCCAAUGUGAAAUGGAUAACUGCAAAAUUAGCAUGGACUGUGCAGAGAGAUCAAAUUUAAGAACAUUUGAAUGUCCUCACAUUCAGUCCCUGUCUUAUUGCCCUCCGGCAACAGUGAAGUAUCCUGCUCUCUCCGAAGAAGUCCUCCAGCUGAUGGUAGUCAAGAAGUGGUUUGGGCAGGACAAGAGAGACAGGUGUCUGGAACGGCAGAGGGCAGCCGUUGAGGUGGGGACUCCACUCUCCUGUGUUGUUACCACCUCCGGUCCACCUUCAAAAAAAUACAUAUCAGUGUUUGAGCCAACGGUGGCCUAUUACAGCAGGCUUGGUCGGGUCAUGGUCAGCUUUGACACAAAGAAAAUUACCUGGCACUGUCCAUGCAAAGCCCGACAGUCUUGCUUACAUAAAUAUGUUGCCAAGUGGCAUUUGUUUCAAACAGACAAGGAUCUUUUCUGCAAAGCCAAAUGUCUUGAGGCAGAGGAGGGAACCAUGCCCUGCAGUCCAGACAUGGACUGUGCAGCACAGGAUGAAGGGGCACAGUAUCCACCAACAGGCGAUCUUCUUGUUGACAUGGUGAAGGACAUCUAUUGCAACAAGAAGAUCCCUGCAGUCCUUCCCCGUGAUGCUGUUCACACCAGCUCAUUCCCGUCUGCCUUAAUACCACCAGAAAAACUUUGCAGACAAUGUCCAGACCAUCAGCUGCUGAGUGAACCGGCGCUUAUCACAUCUAAAGCGAAGAUUUUAACCAUGACGGAUGUCAUAGAGGCAAAUGGUGCAAUACAGUGGUCGGAUGGUGUCCACAAUUUUGACGACGUCACACCGUUGUCACUGCACCUUUGUGUCUUCCUCAGAAACGCUCUUCAGACUCACCAGGCUGUUGGGAGCGUAGUAGAGGCACUGGAAAAAACGGCUGGCAAACGCUACCCAUCAGGUCAAAGGGUUCUGCAGGCUUACCUGACAUUUGAAGCGCUGUCCAAACACCCAAAGUUGGCAACCCUGCUGUGUGACCACAAUUACACAUUUGCGUGUGUGUCAUGCGGAUACCAUCCUGUGACCGUGGUGAUGGACCUGCACAAAAAAGGUGUAUUCAGCAUGCCUGUGAGCAGUAUUGAGGAACCACCAGCAAAUUUUGAUGGCAAGAUCGAUGCGGAAGAUUUCUGGGAGAAGGUGGCAAUGGAAGUGAUUUCCCGUGGGUUGGUCCCCAGUAAUAAGGAAAACCCUUUCACAGGACGUCCUAACUACCACAAUUGGGCACCUUGGAUAGGGCCCCACACAAGGAGUGGCAAUGUAGUACUCAAUACAGAGUUCAAAAAGUUGCAUACCCCACAUAGUCCAACAGAACAGCUGGAGUUGAAUGUCACAGAGGACAGACUUACUGACGAGCUUCUCAAAGUCAAGAUGGACGAUCUGCGUGGCUUGUGUGGGCAGUGUGGUGUGGACCCCCGGGGGUCACGAAUGGACAUCGUUAGUAGACUACAACAACAGAUGGAAAACAGACAAAGUUAUGACAAGGUGUUCUCUCAAAUCUGGGGAGCUUCAGGUGGAUGGGCAGUGGUAACCUGCCCAUGUGCCGUGGUGUAUGCCGUGAAAUUCAAUAUCAGAGCUGAAAGUCCACGCGACUACACCGAUAUGCUGCUUUCAUUCAAACAUUUUCCAAAUAUUGCCCUGUAUGAUUUUGCCCGUGGUCUCGCAUCUCAUGCCAACAACAGAGUGCCAGAGACUUUCCGCCCACAUGGUGGCAGGUUGACUGAAGUCAACGACAGCAAUAUUUCAUGGGCCGCCUCUGGGGAAUUGAAAGUGAAUUUGCCAUGGUUAGAAACCAAAAAAAAAAAUCCAGACAAUGAUGGACACCCUCUAACUGGGUCAUCGGAUCAUUACGCUCUCUACGAUCGCUUCCACGAAGACAAUACAAAAGACAGUAGAGAUGUCUUGAGAAAAGUUGAGCUGGUGCCACAGAUCUGUGGCUGGGUCAACAGCCAGUGUGCUGAACAGCUUUUUGCUGGGAUGAGGAAGAACAAUCAUUUCCUAAAUAUGAUGACCCCAUCCUCUCAUGUCUUCUUAAUGAGAAACAUUUUGCAGCACUAUAACAACAACAAAAAUGCUGAAACCAUGGAGAACUUAAAGAAGACACUGGGCCAGGACAUAACUGUCAAUUGUUAUGGCCAAGCAGUGUUGAAUCAAGGCCCAAGACCAGAAGAAGAGCUGACCGAUGUGGGUACGUCCACACUUGAAGACACCCAUGGACCAGGCUCAAUAGAGGCCAAGAGGUCGUGCUGGUCCUUUGAGUUGCACCGUGACCAAGAACAAGUGCUACGCUAUGUUUUGGACACCAACAGACCGGGCCAUGAACUCGUAGUGCGCACCAAUAACACCUGUCUGACUCGGUCUGAUUUCCAGACACUAGGCCUGCCUCAGCUGAUGGAGUCAACCGGAAAGAAUAUUCACAUUGUGGAUCUGUACGUCUUCCCGACCUGGCUGCCACCUAUCAGCAUGAACCCUAUGGCAAAGGAGAACAGGUACAUACCACCAGGGAUGACUGACAGCAGGGAUGGUGCGCCUGGAGAAUGGCGCCAGGUGGUCCAGGGAGAUACCAACUUCACGAGUGCCCGCCGCAUCACGGCUGCAAGAGCCACCCAGGAUGGCAUGGCGGUCAGGGAGAUAUUCAAAGAGUACUUCCAGAUGGAUCAGGGAAGGAUCGACUGGCAGGAUCGGCAUGUCAGACGUGGCACUCACUUUGAUGUCUAG